AUGGAGGAGUGUGGGCGCCGUACAGAAGACUCCCAAGAAUUGGCCUCGUUACCAUCGAGAUCGUCCACUCCCCAUCUUGACAAGGCGGAGAUAGGUAGGGUUCUCUCGCCGACUAUUCGGCCAGAAAGCAACCAUCGGUCACGACGCAAUCCUCCUUCGAUUGCUCAGUCAUUGGUAUCUCCCUCUAUAUCAGAGUCAGGUGAAGCGGAGGAUCCGAGCUCUAUCGCAAGAUAUCUCGCUCGGCGAGCCACUUUGCUUGGCUGGUUCGAUGAAAUUGAUGAGGAAGAUGGCCGAAACAGCUGGGCGUCAACGUGCAUUUCUGUGCGCCAGGCAGACAAUGACUACACUUUCGUUCCAUAUAAUGUGAACCCGUCGUUGGCAGAUGCAAUUACUCGACUUGGCGAGACUGCAGCCAUUGCCAUGGCCUCUCGCUUCACAUGCACUGUCAUUGACUCCAUAGUGCCUGGACAGAAGAGUCUUGUCGUGGAGAGUACCAGUGCCCGCAUACCGGUUGUCUUCAGUCUCAGGGACGUGGGCGCCGAUCUAGUCCACUACGCGCGUGCCUGUAUUGUUGUACAGGAGAGGCUCGUCCUAGUGUGGUCUCACAAUGCGGGUAGCAUCUUGCACGUAGCGCACGAUGUCGAGCGACAACUGGGCAAAAAGAGCCCACGAAUCUCCACUGCGACAACUCCACGCGCUUCGGGACGAUCAUCACCUUUCGAUACGGAUGUUGACCUGCCCACAGCAACGCAGAUCUCGAUCAAGCCUAAACUGGAAGACUUCCAAGUCCGCGGAGCCCUUGACGAGAAACAUGAGAUUUACAGCAAAGCUAUUGCACUGGAAGAGGGCACCGCAGAGGAUGACGCUCAACUAGAUCUAGAGGGAAAGGUGGCGCCGAGACCAGUUCAUCGAAUUCACGCUGUGAAGAUUAGUCUUGCUAUCAUGUUGGUUAUUUUGACCCAGUCACUGGGUGUCUCUCGCUUGGUCAAUGAAUUUGCUUGGGAUGGAAGCUUUAUUCGAUUUGCAUUGGUGGUGACCAUUCCGCCUCUCGCACUUUUCUCCUUGUUCUUUUUCAUCGUCCUUGUCACCAGCGCCUUCCAGCUGUUCUUGCCUGCGAGUUUCUGCCUUAAAAACUCCAAAUUUCACUCUGCGAUUAAGCCAAACCCGAGGCUCCACCGCGACUACGAGCUGCCUCACAUCACUAUACAAAUGCCUGUCUAUAAGGAGGGAUUGAAGGGCGUGAUUGUUCCCACCAUGAUGAGUGUCUUAGCCGCCGUCCAGUACUACGAGGAGCAAGGCGGCACAGCUUCCGUUUUCAUUAAUGACGACGGUAUGCAGUGCAUUCAACCUGAGUUGGCAGAAGCACGCAAACAAUACUAUCGUGAGAACGGCAUCGGCUAUACUGCGCGUCUUCCGAACAGAAAGACCUCCUCUCAAAAGAAGCGUGGGUUUGGAUGGUUCCGAAAGUCAAAGUCGCCCGAAGCAAAGGCCGAACCGGAGACUGAAGAAGCCUCGAACAGCCCUCAGGCUAUUGCGAACAGAAUCGGGUUCGAGCGAAAGGGAAAAUUCAAGAAAGCUAGCAACAUGAAUUAUGGACUAGCUUUCUCCAAUAGAGUAGAAGAUGAGGUGAUGCGGCUAACCGACUUGGAGUGUAAGCAGCGUGGAUGCUCCAAUGCGGACCUGACGGUCGAAGAUGACGACCGGAUCUACCAGCAAGCCCUUGCAAAUAUGCUUGCCGAGGAUGAAGGCCACACCUGGGCCGAGGGAAACAUUCGUAUUGGGGAGAUAAUUCUCAUUAUCGACUGCGAUACUCGGGUUCCAGUUGACUGUCUUCUCUAUGGUGCAUUGGAGAUGCAUGAGAGUCCCGAAGUUGCCAUCAUCCAACACGGGUCUGGCGUUAUGCAGGUGGUGCACAACAUGUUUGAGAACGGAAUUACCUACUUCACUGAUGUGGUUUACACCGCCAUCAAAUACGGUGUCGGGUCCGGCGAUGUGUCACCUUUUGUUGGUCACAACGCCUUCCUCCGGUGGAAGGCCCUGCAGAGCAUUCAAUUCGUAGACCCUGUGGAUGGACAGACCAAAUGGUGGUCGGACGCGCACGUGUCGGAGGAUUUUGACAUCAGUCUUCGCUUGCAGAUGCAGGGCAUGACUGUCCGGUUGGCUACUUACCACAAUGGAGGUUUUAAAGAAGGCGUGUCUCUUACGCUGUACGAUGAGCUGACACGAUGGGAGAAGUACGCCUACGGGUGUAACGAGCUGGUCUUUAACCCAUUUUACCAAUGGCCCUAUAAGGGUCCAGUGACCAGACUUUUCCUCCGCUUCUUGUGGAGCAACAUGCCCGUAACCAGCAAAGUGACAAUCAUUGCAUAUAUUUUCACCUACUAUGCAAUUGCUUCCGGCAUGUUUCUGUCGGUCGUCAAUUAUGUUAUCGUCGGUCUCUUCAACUCUGAGAUUGAUCAUAUCUACUUGCGGUCGUGGGGAAUCUGGAUCUCCCUGGUGGUGGUUUUCAACGGAGUCGCCUCGGUCGCGUUUAGCAUGGCUCGACACCAACUGAAAGAGAUGGUGUUUUGGAAAGCCCUUGCUAAAUCAGCUUUGUGGCUCCCAUUCCUUGUUGUCUUCUUCGGUGGCAUUUCAUUGAACUGUGCAAAGGCCAUUCUCUGUCAUGCGUUUAGCAUCAACAUUGAGUGGGCAUCUACUGCCAAGGAGCCUGGUCCGUCGGGUUUCUUCAUUGGCCUUGAUAAAAUGGUCAAGCAGUUCAAGUAUACUUGGGCCAUUUGCUUUUUCCUGGCAGCCGCGAUGAUUGUCAUGGCUCUCGCUACUCCAUGGGGCUGGCAGAUCAAGCCAGGAGAGUACUCGACGGCUUCAAUUGCCAUUGGACCUCUUGCGAUCCAAAUUUGCAAUGCCGCCAUUCUUCCAUUAAUCCUGGGUCUUAAUUGA